AUGCAGAAACUAAUUUUCUUUGUAUACAUUAGAUUUAGUGACAAAACAAAAAAUGAUUUUUAUUAUCGUGAUACAUUUACAAAAUAUCCUGGAAAAUAUGAUUAUGUUAAACUUGAUUAUAAUCCAUCAACAUCUGAAAAAGUUGAUGAAAAUAAUAAAAAACGACUUGUAGCUAUUGAACAAUUAAAAAGUCUACCUGUACCAGAAUCAAAACUUGAUAAACGUAUACAAAAUCUUAUUCAAUUAAUAUGUAAUAUACAAGCUAUGGAAGAAGCAUUACUUGAAAUGAAAUUUGAUGCAAGAAAAAACCCUCUUGGUAAAUUAAGUUCAAUGCAAAUUAAAGCAGGAUAUACAGCAUUAAAAGAAAUUGAAACAUAUAUCAAAACAAAUAAAUUUAAUUCGGCAUUUAUUGAAGCAAAUAAUACUUACUAUACUCGAAUUCCACAUGAAUUUGGUCGUAGUACUCCACCAUUAAUAGAAACUAUUCAACAAUUAAAACAUGAAAUUGAAUUACUUGAAGCACUUGAUGAUAUUGAAAUAGCAUUUACAACAUUAAAUACAGAUACAAAUACACGUUUGAAUCCAAUUGAUCAACAUUAUGAACAAUUAAAAUGUAAAUUAUAUCCUGUUGAAAAACAUGAAGAUAUUUAUAUAUUAAUUGAUAAAUAUCUUCAAUCAACACAUGCAUCAACACAUCAACAAUAUAAAAUGGAAAUAGAACAUAUAUUUAAAGUUGAAAGAGAAAAUGAAAAUAAAGUAUUUAAAGAUGUUGGAAAUAAAAUGCUUCUUUGGCAUGGUUCACGUAUAACUAAUUUUGCGGGUAUUAUGAGUCAAGGUUUACGUAUUGCACCACCUGAAGCACCUGUAACUGGUUAUAUGUUUGGAAAAGGUUUAUAUUUUGCUGAUAUGAGUAGUAAAAGUGCUAAUUAUUGUUAUCCAACACCAAGUAAAAACACUGGUCUUGUUCUUCUUACUGAAGUUGCACUUGGUAAAUGUCAUGAAUUACUUAAUGCUGAUAAUAAUGCUCAUCGAUUACCUGAAGGUUUAUUAAGUGUUAAAGGUCUUGGUUCAAUAGCACCUAAUUUAAAAAAUGCAAUUACAUUAGAGGAUGAUGUUGUUGUUCCUAUGGGUCCUGCUGAAUCAACUGAUGUAGUUAAUCCAAAAGGGUAUACACUUAAUUAUAAUGAAUAUAUUGUCUAUGAUACAAAACAAGUUCGAAUACGAUAUUUAAUAAAAUUAAAAUUUUUAUUCAAAUAG